AGUUGGCAAGCAAACAUGGCGGACCAAGCAGCGAGACAGCUUCAGUACGAGUAUAAAGCGAAUUCGAAUCUUGUCUUACAAGCUGACGUCCGCUUGAUUGAAAGACGUAGCCGUGAUGAAGCGACAGGUGAAGUUAUGUCCCUUGUGGGCAAACUGGAGGGAUCCAGAAUGGGCGAUAGGGCACAACGCACGAGACCGGGAAAAGCAGAGGAAAGAAAAGUCAAACGUCAGAAACGUGAUGAAGCACAGUACGAUUUUACUCGUAUGAAAGGUGUAACUUUGCUUUCCGAUAAUAUGGAUCAAAUGGUUGGCAUUAUAUAUCGUCCCAAAACACAGGAAACACGACAGACGUACGAAGUUUUAUUGAGUUUUAUUCAAGAAGCAAUUGGCGAUCAACCGCGUGAUAUAUUGUGCGGCGCCGCUGACGAAGUGUUGGCUGUCUUGAAGAAUGAUCGUCUCAAGGAGAAGGAGAAGAAACGUGAGACAGAAUCAUACUUGGGAAAUUUAGCCGAAGAGAGAUUUGCCCUUCUCGUGAAUCUUGGAAAGAAGAUCACUGAUUUUGGCAGUGAUGAAAAAAUGCAAACUAAUGAUGAUAAUUUGGAGAAUGGAAUUAAUGUUCAGUUUGAAGAGGGAAGCGAGGAGGAUGAUGAGGAUGUUUAUGGAGAGGUGCAGGAAGGCGAUGAGGAGGGAGAGGAAGGAGAGGAAGCCAAUGACGAUCGUCUUAUUCAUGCCGAAAAUUUGGGCGGCGUGGAAGAAUUGAAAAAAGAAAAGUCCUUAAAUCCUUGCGAUAUAGAUGCUUAUUGGUUGCAAAGGCGAUUGAACAGAAUAUACAACGAGGCGUUAGUCUCGCAGGCAAAGACUGCCGAGGUUUUGGAAAUUCUUAAAGACGCAGGAGACGAUCGUGAAUGUGAAAAUCAACUUGUACUUUCUUUGGGUUACGACUGUUUUGACUUUAUCAAACAAUUGAAGAAACACAGGCACAUGAUUGCUUAUUGUACAAUGUUGGCGUCAUCGCAGUCGGAAUCAGAGAGGCAAGAAAUUCGAAAUAAAAUGAAUGACGAUCCUGCUCUUUUGAAAAUUUUGCGACAACUAGACAACGCAGGCAAGGGAGAUGAGGACAAUGACGAAACAAUGGAGGCACGAGCACAACGAAAAAGAAGGGAAGAAAACGAGGACACGGGAGGACCAGGAGGUCAAGUUCAAGGCUCACGUAAUAUUAUCGAUUUGGAGGAUUUAAUUUUCACCCAGGGCAGUCAUUUCAUGGCUAAUAAACGCUGUCAGUUACCUGACGGUAGUUUCCGUAAACAACGAAAAGGAUACGAGGAAGUUCACGUACCGGCCCUGAAACCAAAACCAUUCGGUGAAAAUGAAAAACUCGUUCCAGUUGAUCAACUACCAAAAUAUGUGCAACCAGCAUUUGAUGGUUUCAAAACACUGAAUCGAAUUCAAAGUCGAUUGCAACACACGGCAUUGGAAAGUGAUGAGAAUCUUCUUUUGUGUGCUCCCACUGGCGCUGGUAAGACAAACGUUGCAUUGCUAACUAUGAUGAGGGAAAUUGGCAAACAUAUAAACGCCGAUGGAUCAAUAAAUGUCGAUGAAUUCAAGAUUAUUUACGUGGCGCCAAUGCGCUCAUUGGUACAGGAAAUGGUUGGUAAUUUUGGCAAGCGUCUCGAAUCGUACAAUCUCACUGUUUCCGAAUUGACUGGCGAUCAUCAAUUGACGAGGGAACAAAUUGCCGCUACGCAGGUGAUUGUAUGCACACCUGAGAAAUGGGAUAUAAUAACGCGUAAAGGAGGUGAAAAAACGUUUACAUCACUCGUUCGAUUGAUAAUCAUUGACGAAAUUCAUCUGUUGCACGAUGAACGUGGACCGAUUUUGGAGGCACUUGUCGCGAGGACGAUUAGAAAUAUACAGACAACACAGGAGGAUGUCCGUCUCGUUGGACUGUCGGCAACUCUGCCGAAUUAUCAGGACGUGGCGACGUUUUUGCGCAUUAAGCCCGAGACUGGUUUGUUUUAUUUUGAUAACAGUUUCCGACCAGUUGCUCUCGAGCAGCAAUAUAUUGGCGUGACGGAGAAGAAGGCUUUGAAGAGAUUCCAGGUGAUGAACGAGAUUGUUUAUGAGAAGACGAUGGAGCACGCGGGAAGGAAUCAAGUUCUGAUUUUCGUUCAUUCGAGGAAAGAGACGGGAAAGACGGCGAGAGCGAUUAGGGAUAUGUGUCUCGAGAAGGAUACUCUGGGACAGUUUCUGAGAGAGGGUUCGGCGUCGAUGGAAGUUUUACGAACGGAAGCCGAGCAGGUGAAGAAUCACGAACUUAAGGAUCUGCUGCCCUAUGGAUUCGCUAUUCAUCACGCAGGAAUGACGAGGGUUGAUCGUACGUUGGUCGAGGAUUUAUUCGCUGAUAAGCAUAUUCAAGUUUUGGUGUCGACUGCAACUUUGGCCUGGGGUGUGAAUUUACCGGCGCAUACGGUUAUUAUUAAGGGAACGCAGGUUUAUAAUCCCGAGAAGGGACGAUGGGUCGAACUUGGAGCUCUGGACGUUCUUCAAAUGUUGGGCCGUGCCGGUCGUCCGCAAUACGACACGAAAGGAGAAGGUAUCUUGAUAACAAAUCACAGUGAACUGCAGUAUUACCUCUCGUUGUUGAAUCAACAAUUGCCGAUUGAAUCGCAACUUGUCAGCAAAAUGUCAGAUAUGUUGAAUGCUGAAAUUGUCCUGGGAACGAUUCAGAAUAUCAGGGACGCCGUCACUUGGGUAGGCUACACGUAUCUUUAUAUAAGAAUGCUGAGAAGUCCAUCGCUCUACGGAAUCGGUCACGAUAAACUGAAGGAAGAUCCAUAUUUGGAAUUACAUCGCGCUGAUCUUAUUCACUCCGCCGCAAUGUCUCUGGAUCGAAGUGGUUUGAUCAAGUACGAUAGAAAAUCGGGUAAUUUCCAAGCUUCCGAGUUGGGGAGAAUUGCCUCUCACUAUUACUGUACUCACGAUACGAUGUUGACUUAUAAUCAACUACUAAAACGCACCUUGAGCGAAAUCGAACUCUUUCGUGUAUUUUCAUUGUCUGGGGAGUUUCGCAAUAUCAACGUUCGUGAGGAGGAGAAGCUGGAGUUGCAGAAACUAAUGGAAAGAGUUCCGGUUCCAGUUAAGGAGAGUAUUGAGGAACCGAGCGCAAAGGUGAAUGUACUCCUUCAGGCCUACAUUUCCCAGUUGAAAUUAGAAGGUUUCGCAUUAAUGUCCGACAUGAUUUAUGUCACACAAUCCGCUGCUCGAUUAAUGAGAGCAAUUUACGAAAUUGUUCUAUUCCGCGGUUGGGCGGCACUGGCCGAUAAAUGUCUAACUCUGUGCAAGAUGAUCGACAGACGAAUGUGGCAAUCGAUGUCACCUUUACGACAAUUUCGCAAGAUGCCUGAGGAAAUUGUCCGAAAGAUAGAAAAGAAAAAUUUUCCCUGGGAAAGAUUGUAUGACCUCGGACCUAAUGAAAUUGGGGAAUUGAUCCGAGUUCCUAAGUUAGGAAAGACUAUUCACAAGUAUAUUCAUCAAUUUCCAAAACUCGAACUCUCGACUCACAUUCAACCGAUUACGAGAUCGACACUCAGAGUCGAAUUGACGAUCACACCGGACUUUCAAUGGGACGAGAAGAUACAUGGCGCUUCGGAGGCUUUUUGGAUUUUGGUCGAGGACGUCGAUUCGGAGGUUAUUCUACAUCAUGAGUACUUUUUAUUAAAAUCAAAGUACUCGAACGAUGAGCAUUUGAUUAAAUUCUUUGUUCCUGUUUUCGAACCUCUGCCACCGCAGUACUUUUUGCGGGUCGUUUCCGAUAGGUGGAUCGGCGCCGAGACGCAAUUGCCGGUCAGUUUUCGACACUUGAUUCUCCCGGAGAAGAAUUUACCACCAACGGAACUUUUGGAUUUGCAACCAUUGCCGAUCACUGCUCUGCGGAAUCGUGAUUUUGAAGCUCUUUACGCGAGUCCCUAUCGAUCGUUUGAUCAGUUCAAUCCAAUUCAAACGCAGGUGUUCAACGCUGUUUAUAAUUCGGACGAUAAUGUGUUUAUUGGAGCGCCAACUGGAUCGGGUAAGACGACAAUUGCGGAGAUUGCCAUAUUUCGAUUGUUGACGAAAAAUGAGCACGGACGGUGUGUUUAUAUUGUGAGUCAGGAGCCGUUGGCUGAAUUGAUUUACGCCGAUUGGUUGGAAAAGUUUAAUCACGGUUUGGGGAAGAAGGUUGUUUUGUUGACGGGUGAGACGGGGACGGAUUUGAAAUUGAUUGCAAAAGGACAGAUUGUGAUUACAACGGCUGAAAAGUGGGAUGUGUUGUCGCGCAGGUGGAAACAGAGGAAGAAUGUGCAGAAUAUUCAUUUGUUUAUUGUGGAUGAAUUGCAGUUGAUCGGGGGUGAGGAGGGACCGAUUUUGGAAGUUGCUUGCUCAAGGGCGAGGUAUAUUUCGAGUCAACUGGACAGUCCGGCGAGGAUGAUUGCGUUGUCGGCUUCGUUGGCUGAUGCAAGGGACGCUGCACAGUGGUUGGCUGCACCAGCUGCGGCGACUUUUAAUUUCCAUCCGUCGGUUCGUCCGAUUCCUUUGGAGCUACACGUUCAGGGGAUUAAUAUCACGCAUAAUGCUUCGAGAUUGGCGGCGAUGGCAAAACCGGUUUAUAACGCAAUUCUACGACAUGCGCCACAGAAGCCGGCUAUUAUUUUCGUACCAACUCGACGACAGGCACGUUUGACGGCUAUUGAUCUUCUGACUUUCACGGCAGCCGAGGGACAGCCGGCGAGAUUUUUCCACGCCGAAGAAGCGGAUAUAAAGCCAUUUUUGGAUCGGAUGUCGGAUAAGACGCUGAAGGAGACACUAUCGCAGGGAGUUGCUUAUUUGCACGAGGGACUGUCGGCUGAUGAUCGGCAUCUUGUGGAACAACUUUUUGCUACCGAGGCGAUUCAGGUCGCUGUCGUCACAAGGGAUUUGUGCUGGGGUUUGUCGAUCAGCGCGCAUUUGGUUGUUAUCAUGGACACCCAGUGUUAUAACGGAAGGACACAUGCUUAUGAGGAUUAUCCAAUUACAGACGUUUUGCAAAUGGUCGGAAGGGCAAAUAGACCUGAGUCUUGGGAUCAUGACGCGAAAUGUGUUUUACUUUGUCAGAAUUCGAAGAAAGAUUUCUUUAAGAAGUUCCUGAAUGAACCGCUACCGGUCGAAAGUCACUUGAAUCACAGACUUCAUGAUCACUUCAAUGCGGAGAUUGUGACGAAAACUAUUGAGAAUAAACAGGAUGCGGUCGAUUAUCUCACUUGGACGUUCCUCUACAGGAGAUUGACGCAGAAUCCGAAUUAUUACGGUUUGCAGGGAGUGACACAUAGACAUUUGUCGGACUAUCUUUCGGAGUUGGUGGAGAGUACACUUGGCGAUUUGGAGCAAGCGAAAUGUGUCUCGGUGGAGGAUGAGGUCGACACGAUUCCAUUGAAUUUGGGAAUGAUUGCCGCCUACUAUUAUAUUAAUUACGCGACUAUUGAACUGUUCAGUUCGUCCCUGACGAGUAAGACGAAAAUUCGCAGUCUUUUGGAAAUUAUUUCCGCUGCCGCUGAAUACGAGGCGGUGCCGGUUCGACAACGGGAGGAGAAUCUUCUGAGGAGUCUGGCGGCUCGUUUGCCACACGCACCAUCGCAAUCGGAGAGAAUGGCGAAUCCACACGUGAAGGCUUUACUUUUGCUUCAGGCGCAUUUGUCGCGUAUUCAACUUGGACCGGAAUUGCAAAAGGACACGGAAUUCGUCUUAGGAAAGGCUCUACGAUUAAUUCAGGCUUGUGUCGAUGUAUUGAGUUCGUCAGGAUGGUUAGCACCCGCAGUCGCCGCUAUGGAAUUGGCACAAAUGGUCACCCAAGCGAUGUGGUCGAAGGACUCGUAUUUGAAACAACUACCACAUUUCACUCCGGAAAUAAUAAAACGUUGUACUGAACGUGAAGUUGAAACUGUCUUCGACAUCAUGGAACUAGAGGAUAAUACACGUAAUCGUUUGUUACAAUUGAACGAUUCACAAAUGACCGAUGUGGCGAAAUUCUGUAAUCGCUAUCCAAAUAUUGACAUGUCGUACGAUAUUCAUGACAAGGAUCGAUUGAGAAGCGGAAGAACUGUCAAUGUCACUGUACAAUUGGAGCGUGAGGAUGAAGUCGUUGGACCUGUUAUCGCACCGUUUUUCCCACAGAAACGCGAGGAGGGAUGGUGGGUGGUGAUUGGUGAACCAAAAUCAAAUUCUCUAUUGUCCAUCAAGAGAUUGACGUUACAGCAAAAGGCAAAAGUGAAAUUGGAUUUUGUUGCUCCCGCUGCCGGACAAUAUUCAUAUACAUUAUAUUUCAUGAGUGACGCCUAUUUGGGAUGCGAUCAAGAAUAUCAGUUUACAAUCAGUGUCACUGAGUUUGAAUCUGACGCAAGUUCUGCUUCCGAUUCGGAUUAGAGACAAAAAAAUUGAAUUUUUUUUUUACUAUUUCCAAAGGAUUUUUUUUUCUAUGCAAAGAAAGGAGUUUCUUUAAUUUGCACUCGCGUUUUGAAUGCAAGGUGAGCGUUUGAAUUUUUAUAAAUGGGUUAAAAAGAAAAAAUUUACUCGUUGAGUAUGUUUUUCCUUUUUUAAAUGUAAUUUGAGUGUCAGUUUGUUGAUAAUCAUCGACUUUAAUUUGUACAGUUUAUUAUUAAUUAAAUAGUAUUAAAUAGCAA